AUGGUUCAGUCAUUCAGAAGUAUCUUCAAAUACUACUACAAUGAAGCUGCACCUGUAUUUACUAAUUCACUGAAUAUGGGAUUUUUGAAUAGAAGUAACGAAACAAAUGGAAAUAAAGUAAAUUAUACAUUCGAAAAUUUUAAUUUUAUUUGUGCAAUUAUAUUUGAUUAUACUUUCAGAGUUUUAGAUAACAAGUACAAAGUAGAUGAGAGAGAUGAUCAAGAGUUUUCAACAUAUGUUAAACAAGAUUGUAUAGAAUCUAAUAAAGAAUCUAUUGAUUACAAUCUCAUAUAUAAAAGUUUAUCUAUAAGUUUAGAAAAUCUUGAAAUUCAUAAUAAUUUAAAUAAUGACAAAUAUAUUUGUUACACAAUUUGUGAUGUUGUAGAAUAUAUUAGAUCUGUAGCUGAAAUUCUACUUUGGGGAGAUCAGAAUAACGAAGAAGGAUACUUUGAAGUUUUUUGCAGAUACAAUAUUCUUCAUAAACUAGUUGAAAUUGCAGUGAAUAGUGUUUUUGAAUAUGCCUGUAGAAGACAAUCUCUGCAGACAAUAUCUAUACUGUUACAGAAUAUAAAGACAAAGCAAACUCUAUAUUACUUUUUGAGCAAUAAUACUGUAAUUAGACUCCUAGAUGAAAUGUAUCCAGUAUCACAACCUUAUGAGUACUCAAACAUAUGUUUAAAUGAAGUACAAAUCAUAGAUGAAGAAGAAGAACUGCUUUCUUAUUACGUUACCCUACUCAGGACAAUGGCUUUAUUGCUGAAUAAUGAAACAGCGAGAUUUUUUUAUAAUGAUGCAACUAAUAAGUUCAGUUUGUGGAUAAAAGCCUGCAAAUAUGUUAAUCAUAAGGAUCCAAUGAUAAGGAAUACUAGUCGUACUGUUAUCCUAAAUAUUUUAAGGACAAGGGAUGAAUUUAUUUUAAAUUGUAUAAUACUUCAUGAAUAUAAAUAUAUUAGUACCUCGAUUAGGCAUGAACUUUUAAAUAUAAAAGAUCAAUUGAGUAUACCCAAUAUAAGUAAUUGUAAUGAUCAGGACAAAGAAGCUUCUUUACUGCAAGCAUUAGUAUCAAUGCUAUUAAGACAUAUAUAUAUACUAGAUGAACAUAUUUGCAGUGAAGAGUUUGCAUGGCCAAGUAUAAACAGUCUCACUUUUAAGCAUGAAUUUCAAGAAUGGAAAAAAGAAACUAACUCACCAAAAAUUUCUAAUAUUAACAAUUGGAAAAACCAAAUAAAUAAACCUUGCAACAAUUUUGAAGAGAGUAUAUUUGAGAAUAGAAUUAAAAAAGGGAAAUUUAUGUUCAAUACUCAAAAUAUUUCAAGAGUUUCAUCUCCAAUUUCACCAAUCUCAUCCCAAUUAUCACCACAAAGCUCGCCUCAAAUAUUGAAUCUAUCAUCAGAUUAUCAUGACUAUUUUAUGAAACCUCUUACUGAUAAUUUGUACUUCAUAGAAGACAUUUUGGAAUUUAUUGAUGAUAUUUUAUCUUUAGGAAUUAGAAAAGUAUCAGAACUUAUUGAAUUAGUUAUCACUCACCAAAUUUUUGAAAUGGUUUUAUUUCAAGGAAUUUUUAAAGGUAAACAAAAUAUCUUAAUUAAAGAUAAAGUGACAUUUCAAAUUAAAAAUUUGAAUAUAGAUGUAUCUUACAGAACAUCAAUAUAUAUUUUUUACAAGUUUACAAUUUUCUUUAAUAUGAAUAAUAAUGAAAAUAGGUAUUUUGUUUUUCAAUACCUUAUUUGGACUAAGCUUAUUGAUGCUGGUAAUCUUGAUCUAGAUAAUAAAGUAGAAAAUAAUACUAUGAUAAAUCUUAUAAACAAUGCCAGUGAUGACACAGAAAUUUCUAUUGUAAGUGGUAUUAUAGACUUAUAUUCUUCAUGGAUUUAUUCAAAAAAUGCUAUUUGCGAAAAUAGUCCUUUAUUAGCAGAAAAUGAAAAAAAUAGUAGGGUCAAGUUGAACACAAUUCAAGUACCAAUAGAAUCUUCUUUAUUAAGUAAUUUAUGGAAUACUUUGAAAAAUAUAUCUAAUUAUAUUGUUCCUAAAGAAUCAAGUAACCAAAAUAUCUGGGAUGAAUUGAAGCAAAACCAACAUUUUAAAAGUCAUUCUUUACUUGAAUUUCAGUUAAGUUCAGAUAAUAUAAGAUAUUUAGAAAGGAGUAAUUACAUACAAAAUAAAAAAAGGGAGUGUUUCUUAAGAACUAAAAGAUGUAAGUCUUUACCAAGAGGAUGGAGGCUUUUCAACAGGAACAAACAAAUUUUGAAUGAUAAAAAGUACUUUUUAAAGCAGUCUGAACACUGUAGUGAUUUUCUUCCAUAUAUUGGGACAAAAAAGAUUAAAAAUGAAAUUGUUCAAAUACAAGAGCAGCUUAAGAGUACAUUCCCAGAUCAAGUAUCCAAAGUAUCCAAACUCAUAGCUAGUCAAAUUUUAAUUGAGAAACAUCAAAAUAUAAAAGACUGUGGAGAUUAUGAUUCAAAAUUUGACAAUUUAGACAAUUACAAGACUUCACUUUAUAGACUAGAACCUAUAAAUUUGAAUGAUCAUAGGCUUCUUCUUUUGGUAUCACUACCGAAACUUCUUGAAAAGAUGAUGAAUUUAUAUGAAUGUACAAAUAACAACAGUACUCUAAGACCAAUUUGUCUAUUAGCUAUUUCAGGAUUUAUAUGUAGUAUAUUGAGAGAAUCUAAUAGUGAAUAUUAUAAAUGUAAGGAACAUCUAGAAGUAUUUAUUCGACAUUUUUUGAAUUUUGUAUAUGCUACAACAAUCAAUAUAAUAUUUGAGAUUAUCCAAAAAGGUAGAAAUAAAGAGGAUUACAGCUAUAAUCAGUUAUCAGGAGUAAAUUAUAUGAUAUGUGAAAAUAUGGUUGAAUGGUAUGAAGAAGAUGCUCAAACAAUUAGAACUUUACUGUUAAAUAGUGGAGAUAGUUGUAGUUUAUUACAUUAUUUUCUUAUCUCACCUUACAAUUUGCCUAAGUCAAAACAUAUUCAUGAACCAUUAGAGGAUACAACUAGAUCCAAGCGAUAUAUUUGGAAUUUGAUAGAUGGGUAUCCAAUUUUAAGAUGGUAUCCUAAUACAGGGAACUGUUUUAAUUUUACUUCAGUAUUCAUUGAUCAACUACGUACAAGAUGUAUUAAUCUUCAUAUUAUAGAAUCUUUAUACUAUGAAUUUAAUCGGAUUUUUAUUAGUGAAGUAGAAGCUGACCUUUUGAAUAAUAUAAAUUCAAUAAAUGAUUCUAAUGAUCUUGCUAACAUUAAUAUAAGUAAUAAUCUCCAUGAAUCUCAAGAUUGUUAUGUAAUAAAUUCUGAUCAUGAAAAAAUUGGAUUUAGAAAUAAAAAAAUUAUUCUAAGAAAUUCACAUAUUCGUCAUUUAAUUAAAAUAGAAUCUGAACAUAGACCUAUGAGCGUCCUUAUUAUUAGAACUAGUAAAAAAAACAACUUGGAAUUUCACCCACCAAUAUACUGUUAUGUUAUUUUUGACAAUUUUAUUAAUGAACUAUUAUUUAUAAUUCCUAAUAUUGGUAAAUGUGAAGCAGCUAUUGUUGCUCAGUUCCCUUAUAUUAAAUGUAGACCAGUACGAGUAUUUCAACAAUCUAGUCGAAUUUCAUCAAGGUACUUAGUAGCAUUACUUAUACGAUGUGAAACAAAAGAUAUUGAUUUUAUGACAAGAAUAAAAGAUAUAAUGUACCAACUACCCUUAAGAGAAGAUUUAUCUAAUUGCUCAAGAAUGUCUAAUGGUGCAAUAAUUCAUCCAAAAGAAACAAACUAUAACAACACUAUAUAUCACCUAAAUAAUAUAAUACUACCAAAAUAUACUAGAGCUCAGCUUCCAAACCACAUAUAUAAUAUUUCAAGUCAUAGAUAUAAUGAUUAUGCAGUAUAUAUUGAAUUUUCAUGCCAGAAAAAAUCCCAACUAUUUACUAAAUAUUUAAAUGUUGUUAGACAAAAGAACCUACAAAAUAAAUUACAUAAAAUAUACCAUAAACUCUAUAAAAAACUAUAUGACAACUUUGAUAAGUAA